GUAUUUUUUUUUGCUACAGAAUAUGGCACAGUAUCAACUAUAUUCGUCCUCUAAAGAAUCAGCAUCUGUGGAAUGUUGUCCAGUAGAUUGUAUAAUUCCUGGAUAUUCUCCUCAAGAACCACUACUGUCAUGCAAUCAAAAUAGUGCUAUAUCGUUUAAAAUUGACUAUUCAUAUUUCAUUAACGAAAAAUCUUCUAAACGCCAACCAUCAAAACUUCGAGAAAUUACAAAAUUAUUAGAAAAAUUACCACCAAAUUGUAUAAAAUUUGGUAUAGGAGUACCAAACGUAUUAACAUUUCCGUUCAAGAAAGUAAGCGUGGAACUAAUUAAUGGCGAAAUUAUUAAGCUUGAAGAUAAAGAACUAUCUGAUGCCUUGCAAUAUCUGCCUUCGGUUGGAUAUCGGCCUCUAAUAAAUAUAUUAGAAGAAAUACAAGAACGUUUUCACGGACCUCAAAAUUGGAAUGAUAGAUCUAUUAUUGUAACGUCUGGUGCACAAGAAGGAUUGUCCAACGUCGUGGACAUGUGUAUGCGUUAUAAUGACCCAGUAAUUAUGCCUGACCCUGUUUACACGGGAGCUGUUGAUUUGUUUAAACCAUAUGAUGCUGAUAUAAUACCGAUAAUACAAGAUUCUUGUGGUGUUAUUGUGGAAGAAAUUGAAAAAGUUUUAGUUGAAAGAAAAAGAAAAAUGAUGGCAAUGCCCAAAAUAAUUUAUUUGAACCCUACUGCAUCAAAUCCUGCUGGAACUACAUUACCUACACAUAGAAAACGUGAAAUUUAUAAAUUAGCUUGUGAAUAUAAUUUGCUUAUUCUUGAAGACGAUCCAUAUUACUACUUACAUUUUGAAAAGGAAAAUCCAGUUAGUUUUUUAUCGAUGGAUACAGAAGGUCGUGUACUUCGAUUCGAUUCUUUUUCAAAACUUAUGAGUUCUGGUUUACGCGUGGGCUUCCUAACCGGACCCAAAACAUUACUGCAUAGAAUAGAGCUACAUAUUCAAACAUCAUCAAUUCACACAUCAUCAUUAUCGCAAGUACUUUUAUACAUGCUUCUAUCACGUUGGGGUAAAGACGGUUUAAAUUCUCAUUGUAUGUAUGUCAGAAACUUUUACAAGCAAAAGUUGGAUUAUAUGAAGUCUGCAGUUAAUAAACAUCUUACUGGAUUAGCUGAAUGGCACGAGCCAAACGGUGGCAUGUUUCUAUGGUUGAAAAUAAUUGGACUGAACGAUGCCAAACAAUUAGUCACUACUAGAUGUUUGGAUAAACUAAUAAUUUUAGCUCCUGGAUUUGCGUUAUCAGCUAAUACUGAAAAACCAAGUCCCUACAUUCGAAUUUCGUAUUCCAUUGCGUCACCAGAAGAAGUUGAUCGGGGAAUUAAACUACUUGCAGAAGCCAUACGAGAAGAAUUAUUGGACUAAUGUUUGUUUAUAAGAUCAAACAUCAUAAAUGGUACUUAUCAGUUAUCAAUUAUCAUUAUAGUCUGUAUGAAUUUGUAUAUCUAUAUUAUUUUUUAAUUGAAAAGUGUGUUA